CACCUGAGUCACCUGACUGACUGACUGGUCGUUGUUGUCACCAUGGUGACGGUGACGGUGACGGUGAGCGUCCUGGCCGCGCUGUGGGUCAGUGUGGGUCGGUGCGAGGCUCCGGGGCCCCGGUGGUGCGACAGUGGGAAGCUCUCUCUGGACAAGGACCUGUCUGCAGCUGCUGUUCAUUGGGACUGUUCAGAGUCUCCCUGGCCAGAGUCUACUCAGACACAGUCCAGUAUGGACACGGUGUAUGAUCCUGAGCCUGCCAGGCAGAUCUGUAUGGAUAAAUCCAUCUCCUACAAUCACACCAUUCCCAACAGCGGAGUGUACAGACCGGUGAGGGCGGAGAGUGGUGAAUACGUGUACUGCCCUCCUCAGAGGUGGCUCAACAACUUGCACCAUGGAGCCACUGUUCUGCUGUACCACCCCUGCUCUCCGCUCGGUGAGCGUCGCCUCCUCUCCGUCCUGUCCAGCUCCUGUUUGUCAGACUACGUCAUGACUCCACAUCCACAGCUCAGUCGACACAAGCCAAUAGCUCUGGUGUCGUGGGGACGCACUCUGGAGCUGUCGACCGUCGCCUCCUCGGACGUCUGCGAUUGGCUGGAGACCACGACAACAAUCGCAAACGGCAGGCUCAGCGGCGCCAAGCGCAUCAGAACAUACGACCUGCUGUUAACUCGCUCGGCUGCGCAGCGGCGGCUGCGACACACACACCCGGAGGACGGUUCAGCAAAGAUGACGGAGUCCCUGAGGCGAUGCUGCGAGCGGACCGUCUCGUCUCUGCCGAUCGAAGCGACGGAUGCGGAGGUGGAGUCCAGAGUGAGGGAGGACGGCGUGAGGGAAAUGGAAAACGACGGGAGGUCUAGACGAAUAAGAGCCGCCGCAGGAGAAACACAGGAGAGUGUUAGGGACGACAACGAGAGAGUCAACGCUACACACUCCUCGGGGGAUUCUCCUCCAGGGAACAGAACUGUCCCAGAUCCUCCUGGUUCUUCUCCACCCGAGAUCCAGACUCUGAAUCGGAGCCUCGCAGCCGGGCCCACGACUCGUCCGGGGUCAAACACGUCCGCGAUCAGAAGUGAUUCAGAGUCCCGGAAAAGCUCGGUACGCCUAAUCACACCCAAACACACGGACGGCAAACAAACCACAAAGCCCGCGGCUCACGCGGAUAUUCGUGCAGGCGGUGUGAACGGUGAACACAACCACACCGCAGGACCUGGAGCUCCGGGCCUCAGGCGCAAAGGUGAAGCUGCUAAACACAGCGCGACGGAGAAAAACGAUGGUGACAAAUAUAUCACAGCGCAUCGCAAGAUGAAGGACAAUGAAGUGGUGGACGUAAGAGAACGAGAGUUGGAGCAAACGAUAACACACGGUGCAAACGACGGCAUUGAUUCCGUCUCCAGACCCCAGCAGCCACAGCAACACCCGGAGUCGCCCGACUGUGACGACUGCGCAGAGGCCUCGCCGACUGCCGCCCGAGCUGCCGCCACCGCUGCGAACGAGGGGAUGCCGCGGACGCCCAGGUCGGACGAGGCGGUGUGGGCGGCGGCGGCGCUGGGCUUCCUGCUGGUUCUGCUGACGCUGUCCGUGCUGCACACGCGCCUGUACCGCCACUGGAGGACCACGCCGAGUCUCUACUGGCGCGACCCGCGGCAGGACUACGACAGCGUGGCGGACGUGAUCCGCAGGAGGGUGCAAAUUGCCAAGAGGAGGCGGAAAAGGGGCAGAAGGAAGGAGUGCGUUCUCCUGCCGAGCUCCUCCAGCUCCGAUGAACUCGCGUAAAAAUGAAAAAAGGAAGGAAACGUCCCCAAGUCUGGAUUGGAUGCAGAUUGUGACGCGUGGACUUAAUGUCCACCACAACAGAAUAUAUAUCACACCUGUCCUGUACCUACAGUGAACCGUUUUUUUAAGCUCCUGCGUCCAAACUGUAAUAACGAGCCGGAUAUGAUCGGUUGCGUUUGGAUUGUUAAGACUGGGACUGUAAUUGUUUCUGUUUCUCCCUGUGGAAGACGCCGUCAAAAGGAGAAAUAAAAGCCUCCAAAAGAAGUUACCUCCAGACCGCAGAGGUAAAGCACCAGAUUGUGUGUACGUAAAGAUUUAAAUCAGAAGUUCAGAAGUAUUGGUCUCAAAUACCACCAUCAGAGAGUAUUCACGGAAGAAUCGAACCAUAAAAAUGUCACAUCGGAGACUCAGAGAAUUUGAUAUUUUUCAACCACUUUAUCGGAGCGUCGUCUCCUCGACAGUUUCCUUUCAGGAAGCCAUUUUUCGCACACUCCUUUUAUCACGAUCAAAAUUACGUAUGUACUGUAAAUUUCUCCACCCAGGGAGGGUUUUUAUCGUAUCACAUUGUGUGUGUGUUUUUCAUAAGAUGCAGUAUUGUAAUAUGUAGUUUUUACCUGUUACGGUUUAGUUUUGCGAAAAACAUAAGUUGCUGUUUUAAGCAACACUGAGCUGUGUGCGUGUGCGUGUUCCUCAAAGGUACAAACGUGUGAAUCGCUUUAUCUUAGGGAUCUUUUCAGAAGCAUUCACUUUGCUAAUAAAUCAUCGACACGAGUA